UGACAUUCGUAAAGAAAAUGGCGCUGUGUUGUGCAAUUUCAAAUGAAGUUCCAGAACACCCAGUUGUUUCGCCUGUUUCGGGUGCAAUCUUCGAGCGGCGGCUGAUAGAAAAGUAUAUAAUAGAAAAUGGAGUGGACCCCAUCAAUGGCAGAGAAUUGUCCAUGGAGAUGCUUAUUGAAGUUAAAACCAGCCCCAUCGUGAAGCCCAAGCCGCCGUCCGCCACGAGCAUCCCGGCCAUACUGAAGACCCUGCAGGACGAGUGGGACGCGGUGAUGCUGCACAGCUUCACGCAGCGCCAGCAGCUGCAGACGGCCCGGCAGGAGCUCAGCCACGCCCUGUACCAGCACGACGCGGCGUGCCGCGUGAUCGCCCGCCUCACCAAGGAGGUGAUGGCGGCCAGGGAGGCCCUGGCGACCCUCAAGCCGCAGGCCGGCAUGACGGCCAACCCCGCCGGCAUCCCGCAGCCGGCGAUAGCGGUGGAGGCGGGCGGCGUGGCCAGCCAGCCCACGGAGCAGGCGGGCAUGACCCCGGACGUGAUCCAGAAGCUGCAGGACAAGGCCACGGUGCUGACCCAGGAGCGCAAGAGGCGGGGCCGCACCGUGCCCGAGGACCUGGUGUCCCAGGACGCCCUGCGCACCUUCCACACGCUGGCCUCCCAUCCCGGCCUGCACAGUGCCAGCGCCCCGGGCAUCCUGUCCUUGGACAUCCACGGGGCUGACACCAGCAAGAUCCUGACGGGCGGCAACGACCGCAACGCCACCGUCUUCAACAAGGACACGGAGCAGGUCGUGGCCAUCCUCAAGGGGCACACCAAGAAGGUCACCAGGGUCAUCUACCACCCGGAGGAGGAGCUGGUGAUCACGGCGUCCCCGGACACCACCAUAAGGGUGUGGAACGUGCCGUCGUCGCAGAUGACCCAGCUGCUGCGCGCCCACGACGGCCCGGUGACGGGGCUGUCGCUCCACCCGACGGGCGACUACGUCCUCUCCACCUCCACCGACCAGCACUGGGCCUUCUCGGACAUACGCUCCGGCCGCCUGCUCACCAAGGUUUCUGACCAGGGUUCUUCCGGCAUUGCACUUACAACAGCACAAUUCCAUCCAGACGGUCUGAUUUUCGGAACGGGCACCUCGGACUCACAAGUCAAGAUUUGGGAUUUGAAGGAACAAUCCAAUGUUGCCAACUUCCCAGGCCACUCUGGUCCAAUCACAGCCAUAUCGUUCUCCGAGAACGGCUACUACUUGGCAACAGCUGCAGAUGAUGCUUGCGUCAAGCUUUGGGAUCUCCGCAAGCUGAAGAACUUCAAGACCCUGCAAAUGGACGAUGGCUACGAAAUAAGGGAUCUUUGCUUUGAUCAGAGCGGUACCUAUCUUGCAGUUGCUGGCACUGAUGUUAGGGUGUACUUGUGCAAGCAGUGGCAGGAGCUGAAGGUGUUCAACGACCACACCGCGCUGGCCACGGGCGUUCGGUUCGGUCGCCACGCGCAGUACCUCGCCUCCACCAGCAUGGACCGGACGCUCAAGCUCUACGGCCUGUAAUCGCUGCCGCAGCUGGGAGCCACACGGUAAGCUGUCACUGUGUUGUGUGAACAUCGUACAUUUAGGAAGUGUUUCUGAUCAGUAGUUUUAUUGUUCGCAAGCCAGUAUUUUCCGACUACAUGUGGUGAACUAUCUUUGUGCACUACAUAGGUACACCUCCAGUUUUGAAAAAUCUUGGUUAUAAUGAUUUUUAACUUUUAUAAAUAAGACAAUUCAAUUUAAAAAAAUAUAAUUUGAAAGUUAUUUAACUUUUGGAAAUUAAGUUAUAUAGAAAAUGUCAAAUUUUUUAGAUUUUAAUUUAGUAGAAAUUUUGGAACUAUAAAUUUUUUUAUCUGUAAACUACUGUGUUGCCACCUCUGAUGUUUCUCUUGGGUUGAAGACGAUGAAAAACUUGUUUACAAAUGUCAUAAAUAAUAUUAAGAAGAUUAAAUUUUUAGUGUGGUAAUAUGUAUAUCUGUUUUUGACAAAUUCCUGCAUAAGUACAUAAUUUUGUAUGUCAAAUGAUGUCAUUUUAUGUGUAUAUUAAUGAAAGUCAAUUCUGAGGUAAAUAUUUGAACUAUUCUAAAUUUUUUUAUAUACUUCUGUCAUCGAAAGGGCAUUGAAUUUAAGUGUUAACUUUGGUUUUUAAUUCUUUACAACUAGAAGUAUGGAACACGAUUAAUUUUGUCUUGUAAUUUAUGUAUUUUCAUAGAGAGUUGUGCAAUGCAUUGGUGUUUCUGUAGGAUUAACUAAUGUUUGAAGUGAUUUGACAAUUUAUUUGAAAAUCAUAUCUUCAUUAAACACAGUUAAAAAUAUCUCACAAAAAGUGUUUUACAGCUGCCCUUGAAUAUUUCCAAAAGGAAUAAAGGCAUGUACGUCUACGUGUGCUGCAGUUUGGCUGAGUUUGUGGCCUGGAUUCAAAUAGAGACUAGGAUAUAUUAACAGCCAGAAAGUUAUACAAACUGAAUUGCAUUUAUGUUACAAGUAAUAGAAAAUAGUAUAGUAGUUUAAAGUAUGGAAUGUUAAAUAUUUGGUACUGUGCAAGUUUGUGGCAGAUUACCAUAUUAACCCGAAUAGGGGCCAAGAUUUUUAUCCACAAAAACCACUCACAAAAAGAGGGUCAACCUUAAAUUGUACCCUAAUAAAUAUCUAAGUAGGAAAACAAAACAAAAUAUUUAAGUAUACUUUAUCGACUAUAGAACAGCGUUAAAAUAAUUUCUUACGUUGCGUUACCAUGUAUGUUGAUGACCUUUAUUUAAUAAAGUGCAUUAAAAUCA